CCCGGGGCAGUGGGCUGGGAAAUGUCAGUCCCUGCCCUGAAGGGGCAGCCGGGAGGCAGGACUCCAAGGAAUGGGAGAGAGCCUUCUUCCGAGCCUUCAUGCGGAUUAUCCGCAGGUUCCUGGGUUUUCCUCACUGUCAGUGGAGUCCCAGAGAGUUAUAUCUUCAGAAUACGGGACAACUUGGUGCUCCUUGACACAUUGGAGAAGCUGUUGAAAAUUGAGUGGAAACGAAAUCAAAGAAGCAGAUAGAAUUCAUUUGCUGUUGUGGGCCCUGUGCCUCUCCUCCCCUGCCCAACAGAGACCAUGUACUGCCUUCAGUGGUUACUGCCUGUCCUGCUUAUCCCAAAGCCCCUCAACCCAGCUCUCUGGUUCAAUCACUCGAUGUUCAUGGGCUUCUACCUUCUGAGCUUCCUCCUAGAGCGGAAGCCAUGCACAAUCUGUGCCUUGGUCUUCCUGGCAGCCUUGUUCCUUAUCUGUUACAGCUGUUGGGGGAACUGUUUCUUAUAUCACUGCACUGGCUCCCACCUCCCUGAAUCAGCUCACGAUCCCAGGAUAGUGGGGACUUAGGAUCCUCAUAUGCUGCUAAUUGAUUGGCUUUAAAGGUGAGAACCCAAGGGUAAAGGAUGUUCACAAUAUGAUUGAUCACAGGCUUCCUGCACAUCUGUGUAGACUAGAUUAGCACAUUCCUGAUUGGGCAUCCUUCACCUAUGCCAUGUCACUUCCAGUUUUUUAUGAUGUGAACGACAGCACCACCUGGUACUUUUGGUUUGAAGCCCAGCAGUGGUCGGUUGUUGCUGUUUUUCUUUCCUGCCUUCAUUCCUACACCUCACUGACUGGAUGAUCACCUUUUCAUCUCAGAUCCUGCCAGGGGACCAGACCCAACAUGGCCAGCCUAAUUCUGCUGAUCCAGGGAUCUCCACUAUGUGGCAGCAGAAUGCACGUCUUGUUUUUGCCUAGAUGAACCUUGUCUGGAGUGCAAUUAGUUUCCUUCUCUCCAACCUCUCAGCCUUAUAUUAUUGCCCAUUGGGCCAGUUGAGUUAUUGUCAGUACAGGUCUCAUAAUUGCAGAAACCCCAGCUCUUUACUGAAGCCACUGGCCCCUGGGAGCUCUGGCUUCCUGCUCAGUAGGCUAGAAUGAAAUGUAUUUUGGCAUUUCAAUGCUGUCCACAUUUAACUCUCCUGUUUCUUUUUCUGAAAGAAACGAUAUCACUCUUGCAAUAGUUCCUGGGUAUCAGAACGUGUCUUCCCCCACAGUGUCACAUCCCUCCCCAAUUUCUAGAGUUUACAGGGUUCUCAUUUCUUAGGGGCAGUACUAUGAGCUGUUGGGGUUUUUUAUCUUUGUCCCAAUUCCUUUAAAUCUGCUGAUUCCCACAUGACUGGGUUGGAGAGCAGGUCUGUGCUUCAGAAUGGUGAUGAACAACCAGUGGCUUUGCUUGGGAGAUUAUCUUGUUUUUAUUGGCUGGGAAGAAUGUAUGUUGUGUAUCUGAAUUAGGAAUUUAUCACUAGCACAGUUGAUAUCUCUAUAAUGGUGGAGAUUAUUGAAAAGGACACAAGCCCUCAAACACAUCAGCCUGAGUGGAACAACUCAGGAGAGGUGAGAAGAAGUGGCCACUUCUGUUCCAUGCUGGGACCCCGAGGCUUUGUCUCUUCGAAGAUUCCAUAGUACAAAGAAAUACCCAGGAAGAAGACUUCCUUGUUUUUCUUAGUAUGCUUCCAGUCUGAUCCACUCACUCAUCUUCCCUUGGAUUGACUGAGGAGUGGGAGGUGACCUGGGCAAAGGACUGAACUUGGUGCUUGUCACCUGGGGAAUUGGACUUAACAGCAACAUUUUUGAAAUUUAAGGGCUGCUGGUUAAAACAUUGUUUUAUUUUUGGUUGGCUCAAUUGCACAGCUGUUUAAAAUGUUUAAUAAAAGCUUUAUAAACUUUGGUCUGUG